UUUCACUAGGACGUAACUUGGCUCCCCCUGCUCCCUCCUUAUCACUCUCUCCUCCAGUCCCGCUCAGUACAGUGAGUGAACGUGAGCUUGUCGUUCGCCGCACGUUACCAUCUCUUACCACACUCGCAGCCGACACUUCCUGGUAGCGCCGAACAUCAUACGGUCAGGACAUGUUGGCGAGGACGCUGCUGGUGCUGGUCGCUGGGCUAGUCACCGCCCAGUUACUUAGUGCGCUACCUUUAGACACGGAUAGUCUGCAAACUGACACCCUUCUGAAACAGGAGAGUGAACAGCUGACGAGCUCGCUGGAGUCGUCGGACGGCGCCCCCGUGGUGAGGGAGAAGAGGACCAUAGGAUUUCUUAGACAGCUGUUCCCCACUCUCUCACAGAUAAUUGACAGAAAAAUACAAUCCAUCACAAGGCUACUUUUCCGACUAAUCGGUCGGCUGGUGCUGAGAGGAGGCGGCGGAGGUGGAGGAGGGGGCGGAGGUGACUCCUCGGACGACGACAGUGAGAGGAGAGUCCAAAUCACUCUCCCCACCUUCCCUCCGUCAGCAGACGACGAAGACGAAGAAGAUGAAGACUCGACGGGUUCUGACGACUCCACAACCACCACCACCGAGCCGAGUGCUGAUGAGAAUGCAGUUGCGGAGUCCAAGGUAGCUCCCGUGAUCGUGAGGAAGACAAGGCAAGCUCCUGCCGCCGCUGCUGAAGAAGAAGAAGAGUAUGAGGACGAUGAUCUAGGCGUUGCUGCGUCCAAUGACAACGAGGUGGCCCAGAGUGCCGAGGAGGAUGGGGAGGUAGAUUCCGAGUCAGCAGAGACGGACGACCAGAGAGACAAGAGGUUCUCGAGCGGAGCCGCAGGCGCAGGAUCUGGUGGUGGCUCCGGGAACUUCCUCUUUGAUAUCAUCCGGCUGGUGGCAGGCAGUGGUACGACCCAGAGUCAAGAUGAGGCUGACAACGCACCGUUGGACGAAAACACGACCCACACAGGAGAGGCUAAGCACGACGACGGCUACAGCGCUGGUGUGCCCGGACCUCUUACUCGACUCUUUGUCAUAGCCAACCGCGGAAUUGCCAAUCUCAUCCAGGAUCUCAUUCUUCGUCUAGCGCAAACUAGCGAGAGAAUAGUGAACUUCAAGGCUCGUCUGAUCACCUCCAUCAUCUAAACUUCGUCAGUUCGGCUCAGUUACCAUGACUUCGGCAUACUUGGGGUUUUACUUCGUCGACACGUCAAAUGCUCAAUCACGCUGCACCAAAUAUCGCCAACAAUCUGCUUGUAGAACAAAUCUGUGCUCUAAUCUUCCGGAAAGCCGUAUUAUUUAUUUAUUUAUUACAGUGAACCCCAACAGAUGGGAGGGGAGUGGGUACAGAUUGUAUUCUCUGUGCCUUCGCCCCUUGUUAGGCCGAGAUCGAUAUGUACUGUAUUAUAUACACCGCGCAAUGUACAUAGACACAACCUGCAUAUCGAGUAAGACUGAUUCCGACGAGUCGACUCUCAUUGCUGUUGGAGUAAAAUGAAAACUAGCAGUGAGAAAUUUUGUAAAUUUGAACGAAGGACGAUUCCAAUUAAAGGUAUAACAUUUUAAAAUAUCACAUCACAUAAUUUCUUGUAAUUUCCUUUAAAAAUCAGUUUUUUUGUGUUGUGACUCAUACUCUUCAGCGAAUCAAUAUAAUUCAGAAGUCUAUUAAAUUACUUAACUGAUAUAUUAACCUAUUUUCCCAUAGAAAAAGAACUGUGUUAAACAUUAAGGAUUGUAUAUAAAAUUAGUGUGAUUUAUGACUAUAUAAUUUGUUCAAAAUUGCAGAAAACAUUCCAUUAACCUAGAAAUUAAACCUCCAUUUGUCCUAUUUAUUUUUACCUCUUACUAGUAAGCUCUAAAUAUACUUAGUAAUAAAAUAAAUAAUUUUAGUAACUAAGGGAAUCAAAAGUUAGUUAUAGUUUCAUUACUUCUGUACAUCAGCAUUCAUCAAUAUACCAUUUAUUUUUUAAAUUUCCCUGAAGUGUGAAACUGUUUAUAAAGCUUUUAUUGUGCACAUAUGAAAAUUUAGAAAUAAAUUAUAUGUAAAUACGUAAA